AUGAAAAGGUAUUCAGACACCCAGAAACUGUCAGGAGGGGGAGGAGGAAGCGUCGUUGUCGAAGAGAGGCAAUUUGGGCCACCUCCAGGGUCCUCUCUGCCAUUUCUGAACUGGACCCUCAUCCCUGUGAUUGUGGCAUCAGUGAAGAGAGCUGUUAGGGGAGAAGCAGGGGCAGUCAACCAAAUCCCCUUCCUUCCCCUGAGGCGGGGCCAGGCCAGGCCAGCUGAGGCGGGGGAGGCCGGGGGAGGGAGCGCGGGCCUGACUGCUGAGCUGAUUGACGGUAAGAUGGUUGGAGGCAAAGUAAAGAAGCCUGGUAAACGUGGUCGGGAGCCAGCCAAAAUCGACUUGAAGGCAAAACUUGAGAGAAGCCAACAGAGUGCAAGAGAAUGCCGGGCCAGAAAAAAGCUGAGAUACCAGUAUUUGGAAGAAUUGGUGCUCAGUCGGGAAAGAGCCAUAUGUGCUGUCAGAGAGGAACUGGAAAUGUACAGGCAGUGGUGCAUGGCAAUGCACCAAGGAAAAACCCCUGCUGAAAUAAAGUCCCUGCUCGCUGGAGAAGAGCAGAAUAAAUCCCAGCAGAACCCUAGCAGGCACACCAAGGUUGGGAAGGCAGAAGCUAGUAACAGUUCCUUGUGA